CGCUGAUAUAUGUGACUGCUGCAUUUCCUUUUCACCAUUGUCAAUUAAGAUGGAAAAAGAAGUUAGGUUAUGUUAGGUUAGCUUUUAGUUGACACGUAUUAUAAGUUCGACGUAUUAAUUUUUCUAUAUAACAUGGUAUGAAACGGAUGCGAAUGCAGAACGGAAACGUAGAAACCAUGUCAUACUUACGUGACUGGAGACAAGCGUUGCGUGCUCCUCAUGUCUACAGAGUUGCCAACAGUACUUUUCGCAUUCAGAGCCAAUAUUUGGCCUUAAUUUUCCUGUUGUUAUCUGUUCCUUUGUUCCUACUUGGAUUCCCAUUGCUGCGAGGUGUUGUACAUUCAUCGCCAUCGAAUCAAUUUUUAUCACAGUGUAGAUAUUACAAGUACAAUAAAACGUAUCCUCUAUCAGUUCCAAUCAAGACAUCUAAGGGUAUCACUUAUCGUAUAGCAAUAGUAAGUGAUCUUGACCAUGAUUCCAGAAGUUUAGAUAAGAAAAAUGUGUGGCACAGUAUUAUGAAAACUGGAAGUCUUUUUUGGAAUCCUAGCACAAAUUUUCUGUCUGUUGUUUGGGAUGACAGAAACCAUAUGUUAACAUCUUCUUUAACUAUGAAAGGACGUGGCAUGGAAUUGUCUGAAUUGGUAACAUUUAAUGGGCACUUGUUAUCUUUCGAUGAUCGUACAGGAAUUGUAUAUUUCAUUGAAGGAGAAGAAACCUAUCCCUGGAUUAUUUUAAUGGAUGGCAAUGGCAAAAGCUCGAAAGGAUUCAAAUCCGAAUGGGCAACUGUUAAAGACGAGCAUCUAUAUGUUGGCAGUAUGGGCAAGGAAUGGACCACUCCUUCAGGAGAAUUUGAACAUAAUAAUCCUCUUUGGAUAAAAAUAGUAUCUCCGCGUGGUGAAAUUCACUCUCUGAAUUGGAUUUCAAAUUAUAAGCGAUUAAGACAAGCAAUAAAUAUUGAAUAUCCAGGUUAUAUGAUUCAUGAAUCGGGUGCUUGGAGUGAUAUACAUAAAAGUUGGUUCUUUUUGCCAAGGAGAUGUUGUCAUGAACGCUAUAAUGAAACUAAGGAUGAAACAAUGAGCUGCAACAUCUUACUAACUGCGGAUGAAAAUUUUGUAGAUAUUAAGGUUACCAACGUUGGUAAUUUAGUACCAGUCAGAGGUUUCUCAAGUUUCAAGUUUUUGCCAGGCUCUCAAGAUUCGAUUAUUAUUGCCCUUAAAACUGAAGAGUAUCAAGGACAGACAGCUACAUAUAUCAUGGCAUUUACGAUUGACGGAAACGUAAUAAUGCCUGAGACUAAAGUAAUGGAUAAAAAGUUCGAGGGGCUAGAAUUUAUAUGACAUUCCACUUAGGAAUAUUCUUAUAAAAUUUGAAGAAUGUAAAUAAAUGUACAGAGAUUUUAUAGUUCCAUAUUACUACUAUAAUAUUAUAGUAAAGUGUUUUAUUCAAUUGCCAGUAUUGUUAUCUUGGAAUGUACUUUUCAUAGCAAGAGCAUCACACUUAUAAACAUCUACAUAACGAUUGUAAAUAUAAUGUACAUAAAAAUAUUUAACGAAAUUUAUUACAAAACUAUAAAAGAGAAUGUUAUCCGAACCCAACGACGUAUAGAAAUUAUGAAAUAAAAAUUUGUUUUAUA